CACCCCUGGCUGGUCUCUCCAGGAAUUCGCCGUGAUUCAUGGAUUGGAGUGUACAGCACCACCGACCAAGCGGGCCGUGUGGAUGCGAGAACGGUGCCAAGAUUGGUGGGACCGAAUGGUGGCUACCAACUUCAAUGACAAUGACUGGCGGGAGAAUUUUAGAAUGUCGAGGCACAACUUCUGCCACCUUGUUGCUGCCGUGGCACCAUUCAUGUCUCCUUGUGAAAACUACGUGCGGACCCCUGUUCCUCUCGACAAGAGGGUGGCUAUGGCUCUCUACAAAUUAGCAAGUUGUGACGAAUAUGGCAUUGUGGCCAACCAAUUCGGCGUGCACAAAUCAACAGUAAAGAAGUUUUUUUAUAUGUUUUGCCAAUCGGUGACAACACACUUGGCAAAGGAAUAUGUGAAGUUGCCGUCAGCAAAUGAAGCAAAAAAAAUUGCUGAACGGUUUGAGGCAAAGUGCCACCUACCUCAAAUUUUUGGAGCGAUUGACAGUACUCACAUACCAAUCGCCGCACCAAAGACCGGCUACCGAGACUUCGUGAACCGGAAGCACUGGGCGUCAUACAAUGUGCAAGCAGUUGUGGACGACGGAGGACUGUUUAUGAACGUGUCAUGCCGAGCCCCGGGCAGCGCUCAUGAUUCCACAGCCUUGAAGAUGUCAGCGCUGUACAAGCGCAGCGACAACUUGGUGCCGCAUGGGUUCAGCAUGCUCCGAGGCACAGCCAUCCCUUUCAUGCUGGUUGGAGACCCGGCCUACCCUCUUCUGCCAUGGAUAAUGAAGGGAUACACAGGAAAAUGGAGCACGAACCAACAAGCCGGCUUUGGUGCAUUUAGGAGGCUGCCGAGGAACCCUCGGUGCAGUGAAGUGCGCUUACGGUCCGCCGUUGACAGCCUUGGGGGCAGCUCAAUAUAAAUAAUAUUUUCUCGCGUAAAACAAAGAUUCGUAUUAAACUUACAGAAAUAAAUAUCGUUUCUGCAC